AUGUGCCCAGAGGAGGGCGGCGCGGCCGGGCUGGGCGAGCUCCGCUCCUGGUGGGAAGUCCCGGCCAUCGCGCACUUCUGCUCGCUCUUUCGCACCGCGUUCCGCCUGCCGGACUUCGAGAUCGAGGAGUUAGAAGCUGCUCUUCACAGAGAUGAUGUGGAGUUUAUCAGUGACCUGAUUGCCUGUCUGCUUCAGGGCUGCUAUCAACGAAGAGAUAUCACGCCUCAGACAUUCCACAGCUACCUGGAGGACAUCAUCAACUACCGCUGGGAGCUGGAGGAAGGGAAGCCGAACCCACUGCGAGAAGCCAGUUUUCAAGAGCUGCCGCUCCGCACCCGAGUGGAGAUCCUGCACCGCCUGUGUGACUACCGGCUCGAUGCAGAUGAUGUCUUUGAUCUUCUCAAGGGUUUGGAUGCAGACAGUCUCCGUGUGGAACCAUUGGGUGAAGACAACUCUGGGGCACUCUAUUGGUAUUUCUAUGGAACACGGAUGUACAAAGAGGAUCCAGUGCAAGGGAAAUCCAAUGGAGAACUCUCUUUGAACAGGGAAAGUGAAGGUCAAAAAAAUGCCUCAAGUGUACCUGGAAAAACUGGAAAAAGAAGAGGAAGACCCCCAAAACGGAAGAAACUACAGGAGGAAGCUGUUGCGAGUGAAAAAAAGGAAGAAAAUGCCUUGGCAUCUGAUCCACAGACACGACAUGGGUCUCAAGGGCCAGGCCAAGGCACUUGGUGGCUCCUGUGCCAAACGGAAGAAGAAUGGAGGCAGGUCACUGAGAGUUUUCGAGAGAGGACCUCCCUUCGAGAGCGGCAGCUCUAUAAGCUCCUCAGCGAGGACUUUCUGCCUGAGAUCUGCAACAUGAUUGCCCAGAAGGAGACUCCUGUGCUUACCAGAAUAGAAAAACAGAAGCGCAAAGAGGAGGAAGAAGAACGUCAGAUUCUUCUAGCAGUGCAGAAGAAAGAACAGGAACAGAUGUUAAAAGAAGAGAGGAAACGUGAGUUGGAGGAAAAGGUCAAGGCAGUGGAAGAUCGAGCUAAGAGAAGAAAGCUCAGGGAAGAAAGGGCAUGGCUGCUGGCUCAAGGGAAGGAGCUCCCCCCUGAACUUUCCCAUCUGGACCCCAACUCACCCAUGAGAGAAGAGAAAAGGACCAAGGACCUCUUUGAGUUGGAUGAUGAUUUCACUGCCAUGUAUAAAGUUCUAGAUGUGGUAAAGGCUCAUAAGGAUUCCUGGCCCUUUUUGGAACCUGUGGAUGAAUCUUACGCCCCUAACUAUUAUCAGAUUAUUAAGGUUCCCAUGGAUAUUUCAAGUAUGGAGAAGAAAUUAAAUGGAGGUUUAUACUGUACCAAGGAGGAGUUUGUAAAUGACAUGAAGACCAUGUUUAGGAAUUGUCGAAAAUAUAAUGGGGAAAGCAGUGAGUAUACCAAGAUGUCUGAUAAUUUAGAGAGGUGCUUCCAUCGGGCGAUGAUGAAACAUUUUCCUGGUGAAGACGGAGACACAGAUGAAGAAUUUUGGAUUAGAGAGGAUGAAAAACGAGAGAAGAGACGGAAUCGGGGUGCACGAAGUGGUGGAAGCCAUGUUUGGACCCGCUCCCGGGACUCAGAAGGGUCUAGCAGGAAACACCAGCCUGUGGAAAAUGGGGGCAAGUCAUUGCCGCCUACACGCCGGGCCCCAUCUUCUGGGGACGAUCAAGGUAGCAGUUCCACACAGCCACCUCGAGAGGUUGGCACUUCCAAUGGCCGUGGCUUUUCUCGACCUCUGCAUUGUGCUGGGACACCCAGCCCGGCACCCCUUUUAAAUCAGAUGAGGCCAGCAGUCCCAGGAACAUUUGGCCCACUUCGAGGAUUGGAUCCUACCAGUGUAUAUGGCACCUCUAGAGUCCCAGAACCACACCCUGGGGAACCUGUCCAACAGCAUCAGCCUUUUGCCAUGCAGCAUCCAGUUGGAAUUAACAACCACCGAGGACCCAGGCUCGGUGCACCUGAAGAGAAGCAAAUGUGUGGGGGACUAACACAACUUUCUAACAUGGGAUCACCUCCUGGAUCCUUGCAGCUCGGACAGAUGAGUGGUCCCAGUCAGGAUGGAAACAUGUAUGCCUCAGCUCAGUUCCAACCAGGAUUUAUUCCUCCCAGGCAUGGUGGGGCUCCAGCACGACCUCCAGACUUUUCUGAAAGCCCAGAGAUUCCUGCCAGCCAUAUUUAUCGAUCCUACAAGUACAUGAAUCGAGUACACUCUGCUGUUUGGAAUGGGAACCAUGGUGCUACAAACCCAGGACCCUUGGGGCCAGAUGAAAAGGUCCACUUAGGGCCAGGACCCUCUCAGCAGCCUCGUACUCUUGGUCACAUGAUGGAGUCCCGUGUGAUGAGACCUCCUGUUCCCCCAAACCAGUGGACAGAACAAUCAAGCUUUCUACCUCAUGGAGUUCCGUCUUCAGGGUAUAUGCGACCACCCUGUAAGUCUGCUGGACAUCGCUUACACCCGCCUCCAGCCCCACCGCCAGGCUCUCUGUUUGGAGCUCCCUCACAGGCUCUGCGGGGUGUGCAAGGAGGGGACUCCAUGAUGGACAGUCCCGAGAUGAUCGCCAUGCAGCAGCUUUCCUCCCGUGUCUGCCCGCCAGGUGUGCCUUACCACCCCCGCCAGUCCACUCCCCCCAACUUACCUGGCCCCUUUCCACAGGUAGCUCACUCCGUAUCCUUAAGUAUGUCCGCUCCCAAGCCUGCCUUGGCCAAUCCUGGGAGGACACAGGAUAACAACGAAGCCCAGGAGCCUGAGAAUGGCCAAGCAGAGCCUGUGCAGGGGCUGGAAGAGAAGCCAGCAAGUGUCGGUGCUUCAGAGGGCAUGUACCUCACUCCACUACCUCACCCCACGCCUCCCCAGCAGGCCAGCUGCCCCAGGCAGGGCUCACCACAGGAAAGGGACACAGAGGGCCCAGAGCUCAAAAGCGACUCCUCUGACUCUGCAGACAACUGCAAAGCAACAAAGGGCAAGAACACCUGGCCUGCUGAUAGCAGCUACAGCCACCCAGCUGCCCAGGGGUGUAUGAGAGACCUCUCCACUGUGGCAGACCGAGGAGCCCUCCCUGAAAAUGGAGUCAUGGGUGAAGUGUCUCCUUGUGGAUCUGAAGGGAAGGGCCUUGGCGGCAGCGGGUCUGAAAAGCCCCCCUGCCCAAGGGGCAAAACAGUGCAGGAGACCAUGCCAUGCUCGGGACAAAACGCAACUACACCUCCCAACACAGACACUAGUUUGAUGACUGGCACUGUGAGCCAGUUUUCUCCCCUGUACGUGCCUGGCCUGGAAUACCCCAAUUCAGGUACCCCUUACCACAUCAGCCCAGGCCUGCAAGGUUUGGGCCCUGUGAUGUCAGGGAAGACCUCAGCGUCACAUCCUCAGCAUUUUCCCCCCGGGGGCUUUCAGUCUAACAGUCCUCAUUCUGGAGUCUUUCCCCGGUACCGGGCCCCACAUGGCAUGCGGUACUCCUACCAGCCGCCGCCUCAGCCUGCCUACCAUCACUACCAGCGAACUCCUUACUACGUCUGUCCGCAGGGCUUCUCUGACUGGCAGAGACCUCUCCAUCCCCAGGGAAGCCCGGGUGGCCCCCCAGCCAGUCAGCCUCCCCCAGCCCGGUCCCUCUUCUCAGAUAAGAAUGUCAUGGCUAAUUUGCAAGGCUGUGAGACAUUAAAUGCUGCCUUAACUUCCCCGACUCAAAUGGAUGCAGCAGCUGCUAAAGUUGUCCCAACUGACGGGCAAAAUCUUGGUCCAGAGGAAGAAAAGCUGGAUGAAUCAAUGGAAAGGCCAGAGAGUCCCAAAGAAUUUUUAGACCUGGACAACCAUAAUGCAGCUACCAAGCGACAGAAUUCUUUGUCAACUGGCGAAUAUCUCUAUGGAACUCCCCCUCCGCCUUUGAGUUCAGGGAUGGGUUUUGGUUCCUCAGCUUUCCCACCGCAUGGUGUGAUGCUACCGACAGGGCCUCCCUAUACACCUCAGCGCCCAGCCAGUCACUUCCAGCCCAGGGCAUACUCUUCCCCUGUGGCUGCUCACCCACCUCACCAUCCUGUGGCUUCCCAACCCAAUGGCCUCUCUCAGGAGAGCCCUCUCUAUCGCUGCCAGGAAGAGGGCCUGGGUCACUUUCAAGCUGUAAUGAUGGAACAAAUUGGCACUGGAAGUGGAAUAAGAGGACCUUUCCAGGAAAUGUAUAGACCCUCAGGGAUGCAAAUGCAUCCAGUCCAGUCUCAGUCCUCAUUCCCAAAGGCCCCAGCACCAUCACAGGAAGAGCUGCCACCACACAAGCCCCCAACACUUCCUCUGGAUCAGAGCUAGUCCCAGGAGGAACUGACCCCCAAGCAUAUGGAAAGCUGCACUGAAUGUGGAGAAUCUGGGGGAAUGAGUCUUGCCCGUCUCUGUUCCUGUCAGCCUGCACCACCCUUCUGCAGUGAAUCACUUCAUGCCAUCAGGAACUGGAGCCAUUCCCCAGACCCUGGAAAGCACACUGAUUAGAGACGAGCACAGCCUGCAGAGGUUGCCUGCAGAGCUGGUGUACACAAUAAGGAAGAACAGAUGGACCUGGAACUGAUGCUGGCUUUUCCACAUCCUGAGACUCUUGUUCAGGGAAAAAUCACUUUAAACUUGGGGGAGGGGCUUGUGUAAGAGUGGAGUGGUGCUUUUAAACGUUCAUGAGCAGCUAAACUCAGGUAUCUAUUUGGGGAAGGGACUACUCGUAGUAUUAAUGUUUUUCGAGCUGGGUCCAGUUUACAGAAUUUUCAUGUUGCCUUUUAAAAUAAUUUCUGUUGGAGGUGAAUGUAUUGUACAUAAAGUGGGAGGGGGGUGGGAUUGGAAGAAAUGGGAAUCCUGACCGUGGGGGGCACACAGCACUGGAGUGGUCUUUACCUGUUUACAAUCAUGUCAGCUGGAGAAUAGGGUAGGAAAGGUCUCAUCUUGCACAUCACUGUGUUUUGUUAGACAGCCAGCCUUUCAUUUGCUAAAGGCCAUCUCUCCAACCAGCUCAACAGACUGUAGUUCCAUCUGUCCCCCAGCUGGGUGCGUUCUCACUUGGGAGGCCAUGUGCUUUCAGGUGGCCUGCCAGAUGCUUCCCCCACCAGGUAGUUGUAACAGAGAUCAGGAACCGGAUCACUAGAGCAUUUCACUUCUUAGAAGACAGAGUGACGUCCUUCACAGUCCUGUCGAGGCUGUGACCCAGGCGCAGCGCACCAGGCUUUCUGCACCAGCCACACGUUGUGGAUGUGACUACUCAGGUUUGUGUAUGUUAGCAUCAAUAAAGAAAUUGCACAGGUUUGAAUAGGAAAAUUAUUCUAUAGACUUACAGUUUGAAUUUAGAAAUAUUUCAUUAUAUAUAGUUUUUAUUCAUUUUAAGUGAAUCAUAGUAAAAACCAGUUGUGGUGAUUUGAAAUAGCUAUCAAGAACAGUUUGUGGAAAUCAUUUGUUGUAUCUGUGAUAGGAGACAUUUUUACAGUAUUACUUUAUUACAGUUUCAGAACUGAAUUAACACUGGAUUCUCCCUGUGUAGCAUCCUGUAUUUGAUUUUAGCCGAGAUGAUGUCACCAAAGUUAGGACCCACAUUUAAACUUUUGAAUAUCCAACUAAGAAGGCAAAGAAACUGAGGGAAAUGUUCUAAAAUUACAGAUCUUUGUGAAGAACAGCAUAUUUUUAAGCAUGCUCUUGGGUUGUAGAAAUGCCUCCAUAAAAUGUUAUCCUACCCUAGUUUCUUAAGUUUAGCUGUGGGAAGGGGCAGUAGAUGCCUUCCCUCCAGUUCCAGCAUCUCUGAUGGAAUGUAGAAGUUUCAUGCUUACAGUCUGCUUGUCAGUAACUGAGGAAACAGAGACAACUCCUCUACAGAGGUGGAUCCCACAGCACCAUCUCCACUAUGAUGGAGGCACCUAACAGUGGAUAUUUUUUAACCUGGUGCUGAGGGCUCAGGCUCAGGCACAGGUAAGGGUAGGGAACACAGAUGCCUGUGAGGUAUGAUGAACAAACAUGGGAAUUUUUCUCUGAGAUUUUUAUGCAGAAUUUGGUGUUUGUGAGUGAAUUGAGUUUGGAGGCUGUGUUCUCAUUUGAUCAGAAUUCUUGUUAGACACCUUUCGUGGGCAUGAUCCGAUUUAGAAGAGUAAAGACAUCAGAAGAUUUGUGGAUAGGUGUCUGUAUGCCCUUGAUCUUGGGUAAGCUAACAGGAUCAAAGCAGUUGACUACUUCAGUUUCUAUGUUUGUGCAUAAGCAGGGAGGAGGGGGAAAUCUUGGGACCAGCUACAACUGGUCUGGCGCAUUUGGCCACGUAAGCCCUUGUCUUUCUGCAUUGAAGCUCGCUUGAAUGAGAGCCCUCUUGACUUCUUCGGUAAAGUAACCAUAGGGCCUCUCCCCAUGGUGCUAAAAUGAUAGGGGUCACUUUGUAAAAAAUAACCAUGUGGGUGGGAUUGGGCUGGGUUCACCCUUUCCUUCUGCCCUCCUGGUGUUUGAGCAGUUGUAUGCACACUGCUCCAGGGAACCCUUGCUCCUUAUCUCUCCCAGCCCCUCCCCCACCACCCUAUCACUGUUCCUAGCAGAUGCUGUAAACAGUGUAGGGGGAAAAUCUGCAAAUUCCUUUAUCUUUAAUUUCCAUUUGUAAACAUGAGAAAAUACUAAGGAUGAGCAAUAGGAAACUGAACUACUGUAUUACAUUUUAACACUGUGAACAAGAGCGACAGCAGAGGCCAGCAUGGCUGCAUCCUCUGUGGGGUUUGGUCGUGCAUUGCAGGUCCUAGUGCUUCAUCCCUUGUCUUCUGUGUCCUGAGCCUUUACUGGUCUUUGAAGUACAGGUCUGCUGAAAGCUAUCAGGAGCUGCCGGACUGCAGGAACACACAUGACCCAAAGCUGCUGUGAGCCUCCGAUUGGCUCACCCCCCCCAGGCCUAGCCUUUUCUCUCACCUUUGCUUCCUCUUCCAGCACUUCUUAUUUCCAAGUGUCUUAAAGCAAAUGCAAAUGCAUUUGGCCAUCUUCUCCAUUAGGGAAAUGAUGGUCAUGUGAUAUGCUUAGAAAGUAGCAUAUAAGAGUGUCCUGAAAUGGCUUGCUCUCAGGCUGGAAAGACAUCUUACGCUGUAGGUCACUGUCCUCUUGUCCCUGUGCCUGGCUCUCAGUGUUCCCCAGGAGGAGAUAACAGGACCCAGGGAUGAUGAAAAACACUGUCACACCUGUUUAACAUUUGUUAGGGUUGUUAAUAAGUUAGAUCCUUUUUCUGAGGCCCAGCGAAAUAAAAGAUCCACAAGGGGAAAGUAGAGCCCUUUGGAAGAGUUCUGGUUUUCAUUUUUACCUCCUCAGAAUCUGUUUAUUUAAAAAGUAAGAGGGGCUGUUGGCUUUUUUUUUUUUUUUUUUUUUUUUUAAUGCUGGAUGGAUGAAUGUGAAGACUAAAGUUUCAGGAUGCUUAAUGUAAGUUUCCAACUCACCUCUUAAAAUUAAGCCACCCCAUUUCUUCGUUAAACAGGUUGGUUUAGUUCUUGUGGUAGUGCAUGUCUGCUGUUACUAACAGUACUUUCAUUCUUGCUGAACCCUAGUCAGACUUCUCUCAAAAGGCAUAGUUUUUCAUGAUCAUGUUUAUUUUUUACAUUUUGUUGAAAACCUUAAGACUUGCAGUUUGUACCCUUGAGUUCAAACAUAAGCUUUAAAUGCUAACAUAUUUUAGCCUACCCCCUUGAAAGUGCUUCUUGAGACUAGCCACUUGGUGCUGUUAUGCCAUGACAUUUAUCUGCUAUGUUGUUGUUAUUUCUGCUAAUUCCUUCUGCCAUCAAAGAGUUUAUACUCCCAAACACACACAGUUCCAGUGCUGUAGUCACCACAGCUGUCAGAAACAAAUGUUCAGUCCACACCACUUCUUGGACUUUUUCUUUACAUGGGAGUUCAAAUCUAUAAAUAAUACACUGCUCUUAGGACCUAAAUUGUAAUAUCCCAAGAAUGCUUAAUCGGCAGUCCCAAACAAAGGACAGUUCCAUAAUGUCUGAAUCCUAAUGUGGCUCCAGAGAACCUCAGUUUGCAAAGAAAUGAAAGGCUUAGGGUUUUCUAGUGUUAUUGCCCCUUUGUGUUUACCCCCCUUGGCCAGAUUCUUCAUUAUCCACCAUGUGGGAAUCCGUUCCGUGGAUUAGAGUUGGACUGUCUGAGUCCUGGCAGACAGCUCUUAGGAGAACAGCACCUCAGUGAGGACACUGGGAGCUCACAUCACUCCUGGGAACCCUGAUGUGCUGGAGACUUGGUGUGGGAGGAGA